AUGAAGACUUGCUUCCUCGCAGUCCUUGCCGGCUUCGCCGUCGCGGCGCUCGCAGCCCCCCUCGACGACGCAUCCGUCGCCGUGGGAAAACGCCAGGCGGAGGCGACCGACAACUGCAACUCGGGCGAGCUCAACGAGUGUGCCAACGUUGACGACCCCUAUGUGCCUUCCUGCCCCGAAUGCGUCCGCAGCCUUGGCGGGGAAUGUGCUACCUGGAGCUUUGAUUAUAUUAACAAUACCUGGUGCUGA